GCCUUAUUUCCUCAGACGCCACUUAGCUGGGGAGUGCGGGAAUGGAAGUGUCGUGGAAGUCGUUGGGGGAUGCAGAACGAAAUAAAACAGUGAAAAUGCAUCGGAAGCAAUGUUUUAUUUAUUAAAGCCAGUUGGACUCAGGGUUGUAGUCGGUUGCAACAUUGUAACGUGCCGAUUGUGAUUGUCAAGUUACCGCAGCAACUGAAUGUGGGCUAGCGGUUGAUUCUUUAUAAUUUAACGAUAAUAAAAUGAUUAUUUUUUUGCACUUUGAUGCAGUGGUGUUCAUAUAAUAUCUAAAUAUCAACGAUCUCCACGUUAUGGCAACACUUAUCACACGUUGCACAGGUAGAUCAUGCUCUUAGCCCAGGUGAAUCGAGACACCCAGGGCAUGGAGUUUCAAAGUGUUGAUGGGGAUCCACAGCAGGUCACCCUUUGCUUGACGGAAGCGGUGACAGUAGCAGAUGACAACAUCGAAGGAAUAGAUACUGUGAGUUUGCAGGCAGUGACUCUGGUGGAUGGCUCCACAGCAUACAUUCAACAUAGCCCCAAAGUUUCUUUCUCAGACAACAAGAUAAUGGAAGGACAAGUGAUCCAGUUGGAGGAUGGAUCUGCCGCAUAUGUCCAGCAUCUACCAAUGUCUAAAACGGGUGGAGAAGGAUUACGGCUAGAGGAUGGACAGGCUGUGCAACUGGAAGAUGGAACAACUGCUUACAUUCAUGCCCCAAAAGAAACGUAUGAUCACGGCAGUUUACAGGCGGUUCAGUUAGAGGAUGGCACCACUGCAUAUAUACAGCAUAUGCCACAAUCCAACACCAUUUUAGCCAUCCAGGCGGAUGGCACGGUAGCAGAUUUGCAGACGGAGGGUACCAUUGAUGCUGAGACAAUCAGUGUGCUGGAGCAAUACUCUACAAAGAUGGAGGCUACAGAAUGUAGCACAGGGCUACUCGGUCGUAGGGACUCUGAUGGUGUCCAUAUGCAGAUUGUACUGCAGGGUCAGGACUGCAGGUCACCUAGAAUUCAACAUGUUGGGGAAAAAGCCUUCCGAUGUGAACAUGAAGGAUGUGGAAAACUCUAUACCACUGCUCAUCAUCUAAAGGUACAUGAAAGGUCGCAUACAGGAGACAAGCCGUACAUUUGCGACCAGAUAGGAUGUGGAAAGAAAUUUGCAACAGGUUAUGGCCUUAAGAGUCACAUCCGAACACACACUGGAGAGAAACCAUAUCGCUGUCAGGAACUCAACUGCCUCAAGUCUUUCAAAACAUCCGGAGACCUACAAAAACACACACGGACACAUACAGGUGAAAAGCCAUUUAAAUGUCCGUUUGAAGGUUGUGGAAGAUCGUUCACCACGUCCAACAUUCGCAAGGUUCACAUUCGUACUCACACAGGCGAGAGACCAUAUUACUGCUCUGAGCCCAAUUGCGGAAGGGCAUUCGCAAGUGCGACAAACUACAAAAACCACAUGAGAAUUCACACAGGAGAGAAGCCUUACGUUUGCACUGUACCUGGCUGUGACAAACGCUUCACAGAGUACUCUAGCCUGUACAAGCACCAUGUGGUUCAUACACCCUGCAAACCCUACAACUGUAAUCACUGCGGAAAGACGUAUAAGCAAAUCUCCACCCUUGCCAUGCAUAAACGUACAGCUCAUAAUGACACAGAGCCCAUAGAAGAAGAACAAGAAGGCUAUUUUGAGCCUCCUGCAGAGGCCGUUGAUGAUCCUGGGUUAAUGUAUACACCUACAGAGGUGGAGGAUGACUCUGGGUCCGAGCAGGUAUUGGGUGGAUCAGAGGUCACAGGACAACAUCAUGUGGCUCUUAUAUCCCAGGAUGGCACACAACAGGUUCUUUCUCAGGCAGAUAUGCAGGCUAUGGGUGGCACGAUUACCAUGGUAACACAAGAGGGAACCACCAUAACUAUCCCAGCACAUGAAGCAAUGCUUUCAUCAGGAGGGGCACAUUCUGUUACCAUGGUUUCUGCAGACGGCACGGAGGGACAGGUGGCGAUUGUGACACCAGACCUGUCUGCGUACCAUACAGAAGACGGGGAGCUUGUGCAGGAUCACGAACAGCACAUAGUUUCCACAAGCCAACACCCAGUCACACUGCUGGCCACCUCUAAUGGCACACACAUUGCUGUCCAGCUGAGUGAUCAACCCUCCCUUGAAGAAGCCAUCAGAAUAGCAUCAAGAAUACAGCAAGGAGAAACACCUGGAAUGGAAGAUUAGUUUUGUAAUUUAUUGCCACAGUGAACUAAACUCCUCAAGGUUGUGUCUGAGUGUGUGUGUGUAUGUGAGUAUUAAAAACCUGUCAAGCAUCAUAGUUUUUUUAAAUGCUGACAUCAUGAUUGUUAAAAAAAAUUGAACAUAUUUUUGUGUGUAUAUGUACAUAACUGUUUUAAGACUAGAGUUUUUUUCUGUAUAUAUUUGAUUAAGCUAUUUUUUGCAAUCUGCCGAUAAAAUGAACAGAAUUAUAAUUAGAAAAAGAAA